CUAGAAUUUGUGCGCGCUUGCUCUUGCGUAUCGUGACGUGUAUUUCGCGUCAAUAAUGGAUUUACAAAUUAGAACACAUCGAUUACCGUAACAGAAGAUUCACAUUUAAGACGGAGGAUUUUUUUGAUGAUGGCAAGGCAUCUAGGGGACACGGGGAGAUAUAUUUCCAAGCUGGAAGGCCACCUCUCGUACACGGAGAGACAGUUCAAGAAACACAAAGAUGAAUCUCACAGAAGAAUCAUGGCUCUAGAAAACGAGAAAAGAACCCUGUUACGGACGCAUGCUGACAACAUCGAAGCUUUUGAAAGGACUCUAUCCAGAUUCAAAGAAGAAUUGCAAAAUUUGAAGAGAGUUAACAUGGAAACUUCAGACGAGCUCGCCGACCUUAAAGACGAAUUACAGGAUAAAAAUGAAGCAUUAUCGAAAUGUGACGAGGAGCUCCUAGCUUUCAAAGAAACUAGUUUGGAUUACGCCAAGGAUAUUGCAAACCUGCGCGAAGAAAUCCAAGCUCUUAAUCAAAUCAUUUCUGGGCACGAGAUGGAACUGGUGAAGCUAAAGUCGGAACAUGCCCAAGAAAUAGACGAGAAAAAGCAAGAAAUCUCCACAAAAGACGAACUUAUCUCUGAUCUCCUGGUCAAGCUUGAUACGCUUCAGCAUAUUAUUACCAUGCAUAGGAUGUCGACAUGGGCACGGUUCAAGCGACGUGUGGCCAGGAGUUUCCGCCGAGGCUCAUCAGAUGACCAUAAGCCUGAUGGGGGCAAUAUUGGGGGGAAUAUUGCUGCCAUUAGCGCAGAUAAAACAGUGGUCGCGAGGAAUACGAAAUGAUUAAGGAGCUUGAUUGCGUUUACAGUGAUUUUAAUAAAACGGCUAUCGAUAAUGCUAA